AGGAGGACACGCUGAGGAGACGUUUUGACCAUGAAUAUGUCAUCGCCAUUACUUUUUGCUCUUUUGAUCGUCUGUUUUUUGCCUCUAAUGUCGGCGACGGUCGUUCUAGAUUUUAAUCAUGUAGAGAGAUGCAAGGACUCCCUGUAUAUGGGGACACCACCACGAGGGAUCAGCGACAUCAGACUGAAGAAGAUCUGCCAACGCUACGCAGACAAACCUCGGUUUGUGACCCUGUAUGACCCCCAGAAGCGGAUCCCAGUUUACUCAGCUUACACCUUCAAGAAAACAGAGGGAGACAGGCGUGUGGACUACCCCUGGAUGUAUGAGCCACAGCUGGCAGAAAUCGAUGGAAAUGGAAACAUGCUGCCCUUCCCCACCGGCUACCUGCACAUGAAGUUUGAGGACAGCCAGGCCGUCCUGGAUGACUACUCUGACGUGGUUCUCUACGAGAGAGGUCACCUGAACCCGGACCAGCACCAAUCCACCCCUCAUGACCGCGCUGCCACCUACACCCUGACCAAUGUGGUCCCAGAGAUACGGGAGUUCAACAUCGGGCCUUGGCGUGAGUAUGAGGAGCGGAUCCGGGUCCGUCUCAACAACUUCUGCCGUGGCACCGCCUACAUCGUCACCGGGGUGACCACCAGAGGCAACAUGAUCCGUCGCAACAACCAGGACCGUGUGGCCAUCCCCGAAGAUGUGUGGUCUGCUUACUGCUGCACUGACUACGACCGCAACUCACCCCACGAUGUUCGCAUCCGCUUCCCGUCCCACGCAGCCUUGGCCAAAAACGCCAAAGAGGGCAACAGCGUUCAUGAAAUGCCGGUCCAGGAACUAGAGAUCUUUCUGAAAAGUAAUAUGGAUGUUGACCAGAACCUCCAGCUCUUUUAUGACAACUGCAUCUCUCCCUCACCCCUUCCUCUUUACCUGCAACACACCAUCUGAAAGCUCUGCCUGUUAUACCCUGUGUGUGUGUGUGUGUGUGGGGGUUUAAAUUAGUUAAUGGAUAACAGGAGACAUUUCUGCUUUUCUUGCUCAGUCUGAUACUGUCAGAAUUUUCUGUAGUGGUAAUUUAAAAUUUUCCCUGUAGCUCAGUUAUUCUCAUAAAAACUUCUUGAUAAUACUAAAGGAAAUUAACUGUUCUUUCCUCAGUUCUAGAUUAACGUGUUCUUUCAUCAUAUCUCUAAAUGAAUUAUUUUACAGGAGAGCUACUUUGUUGGGAGAAGAACAGAUGUGUGGGAGGUUAUGCAAAUCGGCUCAUUUAAUAAAAUAUCUCAAUUUA